AUGGGUACAAAGCAGCCUCCAGCUGCCCCCGCGCCUCGGGCUCCCGAACUGGAUGUUUUAGUAAUCACUCCCUUUGACGAGCCGCAAGAUGUCCCCGUCGAGGUCGAGAGUGGCACACCGGCCGAAUUUGGGCAGCCGCAGCUGAAGACCAGGAGCAGACUCCGGAUCACAAUGAUCUUGAUUGCGCUGUACCUGUCCCUCUUCAUCGCUGCCCUCGAUGCCACCAUCGUGGCUACUGCGGUGCCCAAGAUCACAGCCGAGCUGCACUCGGCAGCAGGCUACAUCUGGAUCGGCGGGGCCUACUUGAUUGCAAACGCUGCUGCUGCUCCUAUCUGGGUCAAAUUCUCGGAUAUCUGGGGUCGCAAGCCCAUUCUUCUCGCAGCAGUCGUGGUCUUUUUUGCCAGCUCGAUUGUCUGUGCUGCUGCCGUCGACAUGCAGAUGCUCAUUGUCGGUCGCAGCAUUCAAGGGGCCGCCGGUGGUGGCCUCAUUUGCAUGGUCAAUGUCGCCAUCUCUGACCUCUUCAGUGUCCGAGAGCGAAGCUUGUGGCUCGGUCUGUGUGAGGGGAUUUGGGCCCUCAGUGGAGCUGUUGGCCCGCUUCUCGGUGGUGCCUUUUCCCAGAAAGCCACCUGGCGAUGGUGCUUUUACUGCAAUUUGCCUAUCGCCGGCACUGCAUUCGUGCUUCUUGUCCCUUUCCUCGACGUCCACAAUCCUCGCACGCCAAUGGUGGAUGGCGUCAAGGCCAUUGACUGGUUUGGCUGCAUUUCCAUCCUUGGAGUCACCGUCAUGCUUCUUCUAGGCCUGGACCUGGGCGGGUCCAUCUACCCGUGGGGCUCGGCUAAGGUCAUCUGUCUGCUUGUCUUCGGUGCCUUGCUGGUCCUCGUUUUCAUUUACAGCGAGAAGAAGCUGGCCAAGUAUCCUGUCAUACCAUUGUCCCUCUUCGGUACGAGGAACAUUGCCACAUUGCUUGUGACCUUUUUCCAUGGCAUGGUUUUUAUUGCUGGCGAGUACUAUCUGCCUCUGUACUUUCAAAGUGUCAAGGAGGCAUCCCCCCUUCUUUCGGGUGUUUAUCUGGUACCAUUGGUCGUGGCCACGGCCGGAACUGGUGUCAUCAACGGCAUCGUCAUACAUCGAACAGGCCAAUAUCGACCUUCGAUGUGGCUGGGCACGGUCCUGCUGACCUUGGGAACUGGCCUCUACAUUCUGCUGGGCCCCGACACCUCCAUUGGCACCAUCGUCGGUAUUGAGAUCAUUGAGGGAAUCGGCUCUGGCCUUCUUUUUGAACCGCCGCUGAUUGCCAUCCAACAGGGGGUCGACCAAGACGAGGUCGGCACGGCCACUUCAACACAAAGCUUCAUUCGGAGCAUGGCGUUGUCUCUGGGCGUCAUUGUCGGCGGCAUCGUCUUCCAACAGAGCAUGGAUCUUCGAAGAUCUUCCCUGAUUGAAGCUGGUCUGCCAGCCUCUCUUGUGGAGGCCCUCCGCGGCAAGAACGCUGGUGCCAACGUCAUGGUCGGGCACACACUCCCCCCAGCUCAAAGACUUGCCGUCAAAGAGGCUUUUGCUUGGAGCAUCCGGAAUAUGUUCAUCAUGUUCACCGCUCUGGGUGCCCUGGGGAUCAUUUCGAGCAUGUUUGUGACCACAAGCAAACUCUCGAAGGACCACCGAGAAACCAUCACUGGGCUCAAAAGGGCGGAUGCAGAAUCCUGA